AGGAAGACUAAAAUCUUAUAGAGUGGCCAUCUGGAAGAUUUGUUUUUGCUCUCAAAGUAAUCAUUUGACAUUAGUAUAAUGAAAACACUUCUUUGAUUGCACAGGGUUUUGCAAUCAUUAUGCAUAGCUUUUCAUAGAAUUGAAUUUCUGGCUGAUUAAUCCUGUUCUGAACAGUGCUACUGAAUCCUUAUUAUUUUAUUUAUUUAUUUAUUUUACAAUUUCUGAAUAUUUUUACAUCAGUUUUAGAACUCGGAAGAAAAGUUUCAAAAUAUGAUGCUGUUUACUAGAUAUCUUUUCCAUGUUUUUAGAAUUUUUUCAUUUAAAGUGCUGUAAAAUACUUAGCAUAAGGAAUAAAAUAAAGAAGGAUAGAACGAAAGAAGGACAGAAAAUAAAGUCUAGAUCUAAAAUAUCAUAAUUCUUUACGAUUAAGACUUUGUUUUACAUCCUUUAUCCACGCUGGAGGAUUGGACUCACUUAUUCACCAUGGUGGAAAUUGGGUGUUUUCUUAAUUUAAAAUUAGUUUAUAAUUAGAUAUUUAAUGAGUAUGGUUAAACGUAUUACAUGAAAAUAUAAAAAUACGUUUAAAAUAUAAGUAGAUAGAUCGACCAAUAAAUGUCGAUUUUUAAUUAGGAAGCGGAGGAGGAGUUGGGUACCUGGAGAUACGAUUCGGUCGAUUUUAAACAAUAUGGAGAUCAAACUGAAAUAAAAAGAUCAGCGCGCGUAGUACUUAUGGUGGGAGGAUCCAGGUUCGAAACUAAAUGGGAAUCAUUGAAGACCUUACCAAACUCGCGGCUAGGUCGGGCCGGACAUUCGCAAACUAUCGAUCAGUUGCUGCGUUACUGCAACCGCUAUCAUCCGGAGAAAAACGAAAUUAUCUUCGACCGCCAUCCUAGAUUUUUCGGCAGCAUCCUAAAUCUGUAUCAAACAGGCGAAUUUCACGUGGACAAGGUAUGCAUUGCUGGAUUGAGCGAGGAACUAGUAUUCUGGGGAAUAGAAGAGAUGAGACUAGAACCUUGUUGCCAGAUGAGGUACUUCUUCUUGAAGAAACAGUCCGAAGACUUUUUCGCUCUGAAAGAGAAACUUUUGACAGAUGCGGAUUGGUCCACAAAUAAUGAGCUGCUUCGAGUAAAGAUGUUAAUGCAAAACCCUAAAUUUUUAUGGAUUUUUAAGUUGUAUGGCAUCAUAACCUGCUCUUUGAGUAUCUUGGAUAUCUUUUUGCUCAUUAUUAUUUCCAAAAAAAAUUACCAUUUAUUAGGAAUAAAACGAACUCUUUCUAUUAUUUUCUUUCUCGAAUAUUUUUUGAAACUUUGUGUCUGUUCCGACAAACGACAAUUUUUACUCUCUUUCAUCAAUACAAUAGAGUUGGUGGCAGUGGGACCCUCAUUUCUGGUUUACGGUUCUAGACCAUUUUCCAGUAAUAUCCAACAUCCAGGUCUCACCAUCUGGGACUGUCUGACAGUGUUAAGAGUAAUAAAGUUGAUCAAAUAUUACGGGAGUCCAAAAAUUCUGGCAGUAGUCUUAUUUGCACAAGAUAUCGGCAUGGCUUUCUAUUUGUUCGCUUUAUUAGCAAUGUGCAUCUUCUUUUCUACCCUAAUAUGCAUAAUAGAAACGAAAAGUUCUCUUGUGAAUGUGAAUGCUACACUCUUAGAUACCUUCUGUUUCGCAGUCACUGCUCUUACCAACGUUGGAGGAGAGUAUUUCGUUCCAGAAACUCAUGGGGGGAAACUAGUAGCCGGUUUCUGCUGCGUGACAGGUACAAUUCUUUUGACUUUGCCAAUCUCCUGCAUUGUGGCUGAAUUUGUAAAUCGCUACGGUACCAGCUUCGAUGAGUUCGAAAUAAUAAAAUCUCAGAUUUCUAAAGAGAAAAAAAUUUCCACUGCCACAGUGAAGAUACAUUCAUCCAAGACCGAAACGAUUAAUCC